UGAGCCAAUAAUGUCUAUAAAAAGGAAGUAAUAAAGUAUGGUGGUGUUAUCAACGAGAAACUCUUUAUUCUUUUAAACAUGGCAACAAGUAAAAGGUGUCUUUGGGAGGCUUUGAAUGGCAGAAGCGAAGGAUCUGGCGCUGAAACUUUGGUGUUGGCUCAUGGCUACGGAAUGGAGCAGUCGAUGUGGGACAAAGUGGUUCCCUUGCUUGCCGAAAGCUACCGUGUUGUUACGUUUGAUUGGGUUUGUGCUGGAAGUGUGAAGAAUGAGAAGCUCUACGACCCUGUGAAGUAUUCCUCCUACGAAGCUUUUGCCGAUGAUUUGAUCACUCUGGUGCAGGAGAUGAACCUCAAAGAUGUCACUUAUGUCGGUAGCUCCAUGUCUGGCAUCAUUGGUUGCAUUGCCUCUGUCAAAACUCCUCAACUUUUCAAAACCCUAAUUCUGGUUGGUUCUUCCCCAAGUUUUCUGAAUUCAGAUGGUUACGAGGGAGGCUUUAACAGGUCAGAUAUAGAACAGUUACUAUCGAACAUUGAAAACAACUAUGAAAGCUUUGUUUCUGCAUUCGCUUCAUUGAUAGCAGAUCCAAGCAAUGAAGAAAGUGUGAAGAAAUAUGAAGAGGGGUUGAAGAAUAUGGGAGGUGAAGUUGGUCUGCCCUUAGCCAAAACCAUAUUCUAUUCUGAUUGGAGAGAGAUGCUUGAGAAGGUGGAGACUCCAUGCACCAUCAUUCAGACCAAAAAGGACGCUGCUGUUCCACACAGCGUAGCACUUUACAUGCAGAACAAAAUCAAAGGGAAAGUUAGGUUGGAAAUCAUAGACACACUUGGCCAUUUUCCCCAGAUAACUGCACACCUUCACUUUGUCCAAGUGCUCAAGGCUGCUCUUGGUUCAUAAGAAAUCGUGUUAUGUUAUUAAUACAUUUUUAAUGUUUUAUUAACAUAUACCAAGAGGCAUUUAUGCAUGGUUUUAGUUUUCUUCCACUUGGAAAUGUCAUUAAUAUGAAUGGCAAUCUCCCCUGUUUUCUGCCAUCCGUAUAGACACUCCAUUUCCUUGAAAUUUCGAUAUUUGGUUUACAUCUAUAAGAGUCAAAGGAGAGAUCAACUUCACAUGUUUUCUUGUACGUGAUUACAUAUGUAAGAGUCAAAGGAGAAAUCAAAUUCUCAUGUUUUCUUGUACGUGUUUUUAUUUGUAAGAGUCAAAGGAGAUAUCAAAUCACAUGUUUCCUUGUA